CACGUGUACUCUCUCUGUUCUUCUUCAUCUAAACAAAGGUUUUGCAGAGUAACACCGAUUCUUCGAAUUUCGAAACAGAAAAUUUUCUGCAAAUUUGGGAUCUAAAAAUUAAGGAAAGAUCCCUUCUUCGAAAUGUGAAUCUAUUCCUCUGCCCGAUCGUCUGAAAGCAAGUAAUUUUUUUUUUUUUCUCUUCAAAUCUUCUGUAAUUUCAGUUUUUUUAAAAAAUCUGAAAUCUCUAUUCAGAUUGUUUUUAUAAGGAUGGAUAGGAUCAAUGGUCUAUCAGAUGAGAUAAUUUGCCACAUUCUAUCUUUCCUUCCGACAAAAGAGUCUGCUUUAACAUCUGUCCUGUCAAAACGAUGGCGUAAUCUGUUUGCCUUGACACCGAAUCUUUGUUUAGUUGAUGAUCUUGAAGUGGGUGGUUGUGGACAAAGUCUCGUUGAUUUUGUGGAUAGAGUAUUGGUUGUGUCAAGCAAUUUCCCCAUUAGGGAGUUUUCAAUAAAAUGUCGAAAGAGUAUCGACUCGGGUCAAUUCACCUGGUGGAUGAUUGAAUUGGUGAAUCGUGGUGUCGUAAAUCUUGGUAUUGACGUUAUCGCUGGGCCUCAUAGAGAGGCGAUUUUAUUGCCUAUUGAGAUGUUCACUUGCAAUAAUACAAUGGUUGAGCUGAAACUAGCAACAGGGAGAUUCGAGGCUAUGUUACCUGAUGAGGAUGUUUCUCUUCCAUCACUUAAGACUCUCUUUCUUGAGCGGAUUUGUUUCUACAAUACUGAUUUUUGUGUUUUGGGAAAGCUUCUUUUUGCUUCUCCUUUGCUUGAGGAAUUUACCAUUCGUUGUGUUGGGAGCUGGCAAUAUGGGAGUUGCUGCCGCAAUGUGUCCUCUUCCACACUAAAGAAACUUACUAUCGUGUCUACUCCUCAGCUUGAUUUUUGGGACAUGCUUUUUGAUACUCCGAAUCUUGCCUACUUAGAAUACACUGGUUUAGUUCCAAGAGAAUAUCCAACUGUGAAUCUUGAAUCCCUUGUCGAAGCUAAGCUUGAUCUUAGUUUUUGUCUUGGUAUUAGCAAUCCAACAAAUCUGAUUAAGGGGUUAACGAAUGUUGAGGUCUUAGAGUUAUCAUCUGUUAAAACUUCAGAGAUGUUCUAUUAUUUCCGCGAAGCAAUCCCUGUGUUCGGCAACCUGUUUCGUUUAUCUAUUACAACUGAUUUAGAAUUCUACAAUUGGAAGUAUUUUCCAAUACUUAUAAUGAUUUCACCAAAUCUACACACACUCGUCAUCAAGGGUCCAUUGCACGCUGAUGAAUGUGAAGGAGAAUAUGGAUUGUCAUGUCCUGUGAAAGUAUUGAAGAUAACUGAGUAUGGAGGAAAAAGUGGAGAGCUAAAGCGAAUGAAACACUUACUAGAGAAGCUGGCAUGUCUUGAGCUUGUCAAAGUUCGUGCUUGUGCAAUUAACGACAAAGAAAAGUCUCGAAUCACCAAAGAUCUGCUAAUGGUUCCUAGAUCGUUCAAUUGCAACAUCCAGGUCAAGUUUUCUGAGAAAACUAAGUAAUGCAUGAAAAACAAAAUUUGUUCCCUCCUAGUUGAAUAAUUAAGUCGGUUAUUGGUUUGUAUGCACAUUUGGUUUUAGUUGCUCUGUUUCUAGUGUUUUAUCUUCGUUUCAAACGUGAAUUGGAAGACAAGUCUCUCAGUGUACAAUACGUUCCAGUAUGUCAAAAAUAUUCUGAUAUCCAACACCACUGAGGACCGACCAUGCCUCUGUUGUUAUCAAUAGUUAUUACAAGCAUUAUAAGCAGAAGGGCGGUUAUUGUUAUCCUGCAAUGAUCAUCCAGGAUGACCCUAGUCCUGGUUCUUGGCAUUAGGAGUAUAUCCCUGAUUAAAAGGUAAGGGGCUAAGAUGAGAUGAUGAAGAAUAGAGUGGAUUUUUCAUUAUAUUUCACCGAGAUAUCCUGUUUUUCCAUUGUUACUUCUGAUGCACAAUAUAAAUGAAUCCAAUCUUUGUGAAGUUUCACUUUUCUCUUGUACAGUCUAAUGUAGAAUUUGAUAAGUUAUGGUAUUAAGAUUACAUCAAUCUGUUCAUUUACAUAAUCCCUUUAGCAACAAAGUGAACAAGUAAAGGAAGAAGCUAUAUGGUCGGGAUUAUAUUAAGCAACCUCUUAGGGAAAACAGCGAGUUCAUAUGUUGGAUAAGACAGGCAGAAGCAUGACAAGCUCAGCAUUGCUGAGGGACACUGAAAAACACCAGAAAAGGUCCUUAGAGUCUCUUCUGUGAGGUCGAGCUCAGUAGGGAACGUCAUGAGAGUGAACAGGUUGGCCAGAAUAUUGGAUAAUAAGUAAAUAUUCCAAAUGAGGGUGAUUAGUCUUAUUGAGUGUCAAUUCUGUUGCUAAUCCUGUUUCGUUCAAGAGGGGAAUCGAUAAGAUAGUUAUGGCCUUAUAGAUUUGAUAUAAGAGCUGCAGAAGAAAGCUAAGCCUGUCAAAGGUCGUGAUGACAUCAUAGGUAACUAUUGAUUUACCUUCCUGUGGUGCAAUGGCAAUUUUAAUCUUUUGCUUCCAUCUCUGCUGGAAAUGAAGAGCUUAUAGGAACAAUGAUUGCUGAUGCCAAUAUGCCAUUGACAAAGUUGGACGUGAUGGUAUCUUGUCCAUUGAGUCAUCAUCCUCUUUUGAGACCAUGGUCGAAGUAGAAGAGGGAAUGGAGAUUGACAGAGGUUACAUCUCACCUCAAUUUGUAAAAACCUUGAGAAAGUACUAGUUGAGUUGGAAAAUGCUAGGGUGCUUAUCACUGAUCAGAAGAUCUCUGCAAUCAAAGACAUCACCCCCAUUUUGGAGAAGACCACACACACAGCUUCGAGCUCCAUUGUUUAUUAUUUCAGGGGAUUACAGGUGAGGCCUUAGCAAUCCUUGUUGUCGAAAAGCUCUGUGAUAUCCUCAAUGUUGUCGUCAUUAUGACAGGAGCUGAGUACCAAGCCAGUGACAUGGGCUUGCUGGUCGAAAACGCAACGAUUGGUAAGCAAAGAUUCAACUAGGCUUAUUGCAGAUGCAGGCUUCCAAGGAAGAAGUACAAGUCAGGAUUUCCCAGCUGAAGAAAAAACUAUAUAAGUCGGAUUCUGAGUAUGAGUCAUAGAAGCUUGCUGAGAGAGUCGCUAAAUUAUGGUUGUGUUGCUGUCAGUAAAGUCGGAGCAGCAACUGAAACGGAGCUUGAGGACCGUGAGCUCCCUAUAGAUGAUGCAGAAACCAUGACUUUUGCUGCUAUCGAAGACGGGAUAGUUCCAGGUGGGGGUGCAACUUGGGUGCAUCUCUCCACUGCUAUUACUGCCAUUAAGGAGACGGUGUGACUUGUGAGGAUCCUGAUGAACGUUUGGGAGCUGCUUUGGUUGCGGGAAUGGUACUUAAGGCUCCUUGCUCCUCAUAUGGUGUAAUGACUAUGAAAACACAAGAUAUUAUUAGCAUAUUUGUGGGAAAUGACUAGUUUGUUAACGGUGACGAGGAUUAAUAAUCUUUGAGUUUGAGGA